GGUUGCUGAGCGGGCCUGGGCUCCCAGGUCGCGGCGCCUCCCGCCUGACCGUCUCUAAUCUGCAAUUGUCGCGCCCGGAGCGAACUGACCCGAGCCCGCGCCGGACGGGCGGGCUGGACUGAGAGGGCCCCCUGAGCUGGUGUCAGGUGCCCCAGGCACUGAGGAUCUUACCGGGAGGAGGCGGACGGAGCUAGGGGCCAGUGAAAUGGCAGACGAAGCCUUAGCUGGGCUGGACGAGGGAGCCCUUCGGAAGCUGCUGGAGGUCACGGCAGAUCUGGCAGAGCGGCGCCGCAUCCGUUCGGCCAUCCGAGAGCUGCAGCGGCAGGAGCUGGAGCGCGAGGAGGAGGCCCUGGCAUCCAAGCGCUUCCGUGCCGAGCGGCAGGACAACAAGGAGAACUGGCUGCACUCCCAGCAGCGGGAAGCUGAGCAGCGGGCCGCCCUGGCACGGCUGGCGGGACAGCUGGAGUCCAUGAAUGAUGUGGAGGAACUGACCACGCUGCUGCGAGGUGCUGCGGAAUACGAGGAACGCAAGUUGAUCCGAGCCGCCAUCCGCCGCGUCCGGGCUCAGGAGAUCGAGGCUGCCACCGUGGCCGGGAGGUUGUACAGCGGGCGUCCCAACAGCGGCUCGCGAGACGACGGCCAGGGACGGGCGGAGGCACACAGGCUGGAACGGCGUGAGGUGCCACAGCGAGAGGAACAGGAGCAGCAAGCAGAGGUCCUAGAGCCAACCCCAACCCCCCCUGAGGUCAUCAGCCAGGAUGUGACCUCAGUAACACUCCUGCUGAGGGCCCCUGCCGGAGGCACACCCAGCUCAGCCGCCUCACCGGACAGCUCCCCCCGCACUGCCUCUCCCGAGCCUCCCGUGGAGCCUGCUGGGCCGCAGUGCCCCGCUGCUGAGGCUCCAGGCAGCCCUGAGCCACCCGCCAGCCCCCCCAGGGCCACCGCCAGCCCUGAGCCCCAGGAGCCACCAGCCUCUUCCAGCCCCGAGAGGCAGGUGACCAACAAGCUCCUGCCUGGUCCCACAGAGCCCCCUGCUGCCCAGGACCCUGUCAGAGGCCCCUCUGACACAAAGAGAGCAGACCCUGCUGGACCCCGAUCCUGCCAACGCUCCCUGUCCGUGCUCAGCCCCCGCCAGCCAGCCCAGAACCAAGAGUCCACCCCCCUUGCCACCGGACCUUCCCAGUUCCAGCGGGCUGGCUCUGUGCGGGACCGCGUCCGCAAGUUCACAUCCGAUUCUCCCACGACUGCCCGGCUCCAGGACGGCCCACCCCAGGCCUCCCUCGGUCCCCAGACCCCUGCGAAGCUCCUGGGCCCCUCCCUCAUCAGCACCACCCCUGCCUCCUCCUCCAGCGGCUCCUCCUCUCGGAGCCCCGGUGGCAACAUCUCCUCCCGGUUCAGCAAGGAGCCACGAGGAAUAGCUCGGCCCCUGGCCCAGCUUCAAAGCUGCCCCCGAGAGGAGGGCCCUCGGGGGCGGGGCUUGGCUGCCAGGUCCCUUGAAAACAGAGCAGGGGGGCCCGGGGCCUGCUCAGAGGAGCCCAGUGCCCCGCAGCCCGUGGCUGUCGGCACUGCUGCCGAGCCCGGGGGCAGUAUGAAGACCACAUUCACCAUCGAGAUCAAGGAUGGCCGUGGCCAGGCCUCCACGGGCCGGGUCCUGCUGCCCACGGGCAACCAGAGGGCAGAACUGACGCUGGGGCUGCGGGCGCCCCCCACGCUCCUCAGCACCAGCAGUGGAGGCAAGAGCACCAUCACCCACAUCAGCAGCCCCGGGACCCUGACCCGGCUGGGCAGUGUCACUCAUGUCACCAGCCUCAGCCAUGCCUCCCCUGGUAACCGAGGAGGCUGCAGCUUCAAGAUGGAGCCAGAGCCAGCGGAGCCCCCCUCCGUGGCUGUGGAAGCAGCCAAUGGCACAGAGCAGACCCGGAUGGACAAAGCACCAGAGGGGCGGACCCCACUGAGCGCCAAGGAGCUGAUGGCUAUCGAGGAUGAAGCAGUCCUGGACAAGAUGCUGGAUCAGACCACGGACUUUGAGGAACGGAAGCUCAUCCGAGCCGCGCUACGUGAGCUCCGACAAAGGAAAAGAGACCAGCGGGACAAGGAGCGGGAGCAGCGGCUGCAGGAGGCACGAGCCCGGCCAGGGGAGGGCCGAGGCAACACAGCCACCGAGACCACCACGCGACACAGCCAGCGGGCAGCCGAUGGCUCGGCCGUCAGCACCGUCACCAAGACUGAGCGGCUCGUCCACUCCAAUGACGGCACGCGGACGGCCCGCACCACCACGGUGGAGUCGAGUUUCGUGAGGCGCUCGGAGAAUGGCGGUGGCAGCACCAUGGUGCAAACCAAGACCUUCUCUUCGUCCUCCUCCAAGAAGAUGGGCAGCAUCUUCGACCGCGAGGACCAGACCAGCCCGCGGCCCGGCAGCCUGGCGGCGCUCGAGAAACGCCAGGCGGAGAAGAAAAAAGAGCUGAUGAAGGCGCAGAGCCUGCCCAAGACCUCGGCGUCCCAGGCGCGCAAGGCCAUGAUAGAGAAGCUGGAGAAAGAGGGCGCCGCGGGCAGCCCGGGCGCGCCCCGCGCAGCCGUGCAGCGCUCCACCAGCUUCGGGGUCCCCAACGCCAACAGCAUCAAGCAAAUGUUGCUGGAUUGGUGUCGCGCCAAGACACGUGGCUACGAGCACGUGGACAUCCAGAACUUCUCCUCGAGCUGGAGCGACGGCAUGGCCUUCUGUGCCCUGGUGCACAACUUCUUCCCCGAGGCCUUCGACUACGCGCAGCUCAGCCCCCAGAACCGGCGCCAGAACUUCGAGGUGGCCUUCUCGUCGGCUGAGACCCAUGCGGACUGCCCGCAGCUCCUGGAUACAGAGGACAUGGUACGGCUUCGAGAGCCCGACUGGAAGUGCGUGUACACGUACAUCCAGGAGUUCUACCGCUGUCUGGUCCAGAAGGGACUGGUAAAAACCAAAAAGUCCUAACCCCUGCUCGGGGCCCCACGGAUGCUGGUGGACUGCGUGCCCCUGGUCGAGGUCGAGGACAUGAUGAUCAUGGGCAAGAAGCCCGACCCCAAGUGCGUCUUCACCUACGUGCAGUCGCUCUACAACCACCUGCGGCGCCACGAGCUGCGCCUGCGCGGCAAGAACGUCUAACGCGCCCCGCCCGCGGCCGGCCACCGCCCCCCACGCUCCCGGCACUGUCCUCCCCGCCCCCCCGCCCAGGGAGCCUGCCCACCGCCGCCCCGUCUGUCGCAACACCCUCCCCCGCCUACACACGCAGCGUUUUGAUAAAUUAUUGGUUUCCAGUCA